UCGCGCGCCACCGCAGUUCCGUCCCAGACCGGUGCGCGCGGUCAUGUGCGAGUGUCGUUGCAGCAGAGCAGUUGCCUGCCGCCGAACGCGAGUGUUGUCCACGUGCGUCGUCCGAAUCUCGUUGUUUUUUCGAAACCGACGAAUGACCAACGCGACUUUAUAGAAAAUUUUUUUUUUCAAAAAACCAUUUCGACAGUUAGCCGUCAACUGGUGCACGUCUGCCGGAAUAUUUUUAUUGAUAUUAAUAUUUUACUUACAACACGAUAAGACGUUAUUGAAUAACUUUUCGGAAGACUUACGCGGACACGGUUGUCGCUGAAAAAUCAAAUUAUACGAAGACACCGGUGACAAUCGUUGUCGGAGCAAUACUCCACUGUUACCGCGGUUACAUAUUUCAACAUAUUAUACAGGGACGUCAUGACUGCGGCCCCACGAGUUUUGGCACUGGCCACGCUGCUGGCGGUCGGGGCACAAACGCUGUCCAACUGUGGUGCGGACGGCCGUCACGCGGCCGCCGGCGUCGAACGGUACACGAAGCUUGAUAGGUUCCUGCACGACCGGAUGGGUCUGACCAGCGUUUUCGGCGGCGGCGUCGGCAACCGGUCCGGCUUGUCGGCGCCGACUACCGACCGAGGCCUGUUGUCCAGGACACCUGCGGCCAGCGCGGCCGUUCCCGAGGAUGAGGACGAUGACGGUGCAGAUAACGAAGAUGAUGGCGAUGACGACGAUGACGAAGAUGACGAGGAGGACCUGCAGGACGAGAAGGACGAGGUGACUCCCGAGCCAAUCGUCAGACUGCGACACAGGAACGCGGCUGCAGCGGCGGCUGCGGUGGCAGCCGAGAAGGAUUUUAACAUAUACGGCAAAGAUAUCCAGAAACACGAACCAGCGAGAACCAUGUCACCAAUAUCAGAAAAUAAAUGGAAACUUUUCGGUUCUAGGAAGAAUGUGGAAGAAACUUUCCGUAGUUCACAAAAGAUCAGCUUGUUUCAAGGGCAAGGUGAUAACGAAGGAAGUGAAGCUUACAAGCAUCAAAUGAGAAUUUCGAAAGAAGCGUCUUGUAAAGUACCUAGAUCUCGAGUGAUUAAGGUAACUGACGUAUACCCCAGCUCGAAUAAGAAAUAUUUACCUGCGUGUACCAUACUUCACGUAUGUGCUGAAGAUACAGGUUGUUGUAAUAGUCCAACUUUGAAGUGCGGGCCGAAGACAUCACAACCAAUUUAUUUGCCCUUCUUAGUUUACACUUUACCUGGACUUGGAGACCGGCAGUCACCAGAACAAUCUUCGUACCAGAAAUCGUUACUUUUUUAUAACCAUACCGAGUGCGAGUGCCAGUCAAGAACGGAUGACUUGAUGCCUAGGGACACGUUGCCUACUGCUUCCAUGGCAACCCCAGAUCCGCCGCAGCUGUUCAGACAUAGAACCGAAAAAAAUUAUCAGUACAGUUGUAAGUGUCCGACGGAAUAUACUGUACGUUAUUUGGCCAACGGUUCAUGUUCGUGCGACUGUUUCGACAAACAACGAGAGUGCAUCCGAUACAAGAAAGGCAACGUUUAUUUUAAUCAUCUUGACAGAUACUGCAUAACAUCGGGUCAGUGUUUGUUACCAACGUGUGAGUAUGGUGUUUACUCUUCUCGGACAGGACGUUGCCCAAAACAAUUUGAGACUCUAUAUUCGUUAAAUAAGAAACAUUACUUCUAAUUUAACUUGAGACUUGUGGUUUGUUUUAUAGAAAUAUAAAGCCAGGUCUACACAGUUUUUACAAAAACAGAACCGUAGAAUGUACCACAGUGAACAGGACACAAAUUAGUAAUUAGUUCUUAACAGCUAAACUAAAUUUUGAAAAAAACAUAAUUGUUUUAAAAUUAUCGGAAAACAUCGAGUUCAUAUUUUUUUUCAAUUUUGUUCUUUCUGUGUGGACACGGUUUAAUAUAUAUAUAUAUUCCUUCACAAAUACUAUAUACUUAUAAUAUAAAGGUAUAUGUGUAUUUGUAUUUGUAUAUAAAUAUAUAAUACAAUAUCUACCUAAUAAUGUGUUCAGUGACGUGUUCGCAUUUUUGUUUUAAAUGUAACUUAUUAAAAUUUAUUUUAAACGUAUAAUCAUUAAUUAAACGUAAUAUAUGUUAGUCACUUUUAGUGAUAUGUAUUUAUAUAAUUUGUAUAUUUUUAUUAAUAAGUCAUUAUAUUUAUGUAGUAUUUGUCAUUUAUUUAUUAAAUUUUCAAUUUUGUAUUAAUAAAGCUUUAAAAAUGUAAUUUCAUAAGUAAUAUAAAUGUACCAGGUUACUAAUUUAAUGUAUUAUAGAUUAUUAGAUAAUUAUUUUUAUGUGUAGUGCUUUGAUAUAUCCAAGUUCAUAAAUAAAUACAUUAUAAGCUCUACGUAAAAAUUAAAAUAUGCAUUUAAUGCCUUUAUCAUUAAUUGUAUAACUUUAAAAGUUUUAUUAUUAUUAUGUUUUUAUAUUUUAAUGAUAAAUAUUUUUUAUUAGUCGGUCUCAUAAAAGACAUACAACUAAAACUAUGAAUUAAGUAAUAAAUUUAAAAAUAUUCUUAUUUAUAGUUAGUACAUUUUUAUGGUAUUACAGCUGUUUAUAACGGUAAAUAAAUAUUUGUAAAAGUUGAAAAAGUAUUGUCUAUUUGACUAAUAAAAUAAGCAUAUUUGUACAUUUAGAUACACGCUGCAUUUUUGUUAUUAAUUUAUAAAUAAAGAUAAUAUAUACAUUUUUGUGUGAUCAUUAA